AUGCGGCUCUGCGUGAUAUGGACAUUGCUCGCGAUCAUAUCGACCGCACAUGGAAGCCCCCUCAUUGACGCGACUAAGGACCAAACUGUGACGAUUUCGAACACGCACCCUCUUAUCUUUUACCAUGGACGCUGGGACAGUUCUCCGGGUACAUGGUGGGCAGAUUCUGGGCUCAAGCUGAACGUCCAGGAUUUGUCGGCUUUGACGCUCAACCUCGGCUCGCACACGACAUCGCCUUUGGCCUCAGUAGGCGUGUCCGUUGACAACUCGCCAUUCUACCAGGUGAACGUCUCGGAGGGCGCUAACGUCAUUCCGCUUUCCGCGCCUUCAUCUCCGGAUUUCGAGGGGGAGAAAUCAGGCUCAACGCUCGUGAGGAUAAAUGUCGAAGGCUGGCAGAACAACCGCAUCAACCUGGAAAGCAUCACGCUGAAUAAAGGCGCAAAGCUGCUGCCUUACGAGCGCUCUAAACUCGCGUUCCAGUUCAUCGGCGACUCGCUUUCUGCGGGCCAGUACCUUCCCCAUGGCGUAAACCAAGCGUGGCCCUUCCUCACAGGCGAGUUCUUCGGGGCCGAGCAUAAUAUAAAUGCCCAACCAGGCGCCACGCUUAGCGAUAUCCCGUCGUACGGUAACGUCCACGGCGUGUCCUUCGAGUUCUUCAGAACGGAGGACACGGGGUACUAUUACACGACCGACCACAACUACACCACCCCUUGGAACUUCGCACGCGACGUACCGCCCACGCACGUCGUCGUCCACAUCGGUGCGAACGACGCAAGCCAGAACGUUACCGACACCGGGUUCUUCCAGGUGUACGACAACUUCCUGACACGAUUACGGACGCUGUACCCAACGCAACCGGUCUUCGUAUUCACCCCUUGGGGCUGGCCGCAACCCGAUGGCCCUAAUAGCUAUUACUACGAGACCGUCUAUCCAGAAAUCGUCAAAGCCCGGCACGAUAUAGGAGACAGAAACGUCUUCCUUGUAAACACCACAGGAUGGGUGACCUACGAGGACGUGUUCCCUGGAAACAUACACCCGAGCGUGGCAGGUCACAUCAAGAUCGCCGGCCUGUUCGAAAAAUGGCUCGAGAACUGGGGGUUGAAACAGGUGUAGUUGGCGAGACUGUCGCAGAAGCCACAUUAGAUAAAUGAUAUAAUGUCUGGAAGAACCAGCAGCACUGGCGUGGACGCCGAUCCAUAUGACCACUGGUCCGCAUGCGUGAAGGAUCGCGCCGGAACAAUCGAGGCUCGCUGGAUAUUGCGAGCCUUGAUGAGGCCGAGAACCUCGCGACCGCGACAGUGCCCCACACCUCGUUCAGCGGGGUAACGAAGACUCCGCGAGCCGACUUGACGGGGAGGCUGAAAACUCUCUCGCUGGACUUGAGCUUAGGAAUUGGCGUAGUGCCGAAGUCGGAGCGGUAUACUAGCACGGGACAAUCACAGCCAAAGUAUUUCAUUACAAACUACAUUUGUACAAUUUUCUUUAUGAUGAUUUAUACUUCAUCCU